AUGGUUGAGGCACUAAUUCGGAAAGAGGAAAUUGUUUCGGAAAGCGAAGCCCGAGAUCAUUAUGAUGAAAAAUCCGAUGAAUUACCAUUAGCAAAACCAGUUAACGGAGUUAAUAAAGGAUUAGUGGAAAAUAACGACCAUAAAAAUGGAGGAGGAAUUAUCACUCACUCCGGAGAAAAAGAAAAUCCACAAUUAGAUAAUGACUUUUUGUUAAAAUACUUCCAGGAAAAAGAUAUCAAACAAAUAGAAUUAACUCCCGAAGGUAAUUUAUUGAUUGAAUAUAAUAGCGGUAAAUCUAAAAUUAUAACUAAUAGUCAGGUUCGACAACAAGAACUCCAAAAAGUUAUCAGUUUUUACCAAAAAAGUGGUCAAACUAGUUUAACCCAGCAAGAUUUAGUCAAUAUGAAUAAUUCUAAUUCCAUACCAUCCAAAAAUACUAAUAACAACAACUUGUUAAUAAGUUUGGGUCUAGGCGGAGUCCUAAUAAUUGGAUUAGUGAUUGG